AUGGCCGUCUACGGCGCGCGCUACACGUUAGAGCAAUUGAAAGCUCUGCGUGAGUCGCCUCUAGUCCGCAAACCAGACGAACUGCCCUCGAUAGAUGAGUGGAUAGAAGGUACUCAGCAAUCGCAACAAGAGAAUGGCGGUCGCAAGCCACGCAACCAGGCCCAACGACCCGAAGAGCCUGCUCCCAUGGGCAACUUCUCGUCACAGAGACCAUCAUUACUACAGACCAGACACACCUCACGCUCUACUCAACAGCCUGACGAAAUCGUACUCGGCCCACCAAAGACAUCUUUCGCAUCAUCCCGAAACAUCAACAAGCUCGAAGACCGCGAACAAGAACAAGAGUCACCCGCCGCCAAUCAGCGCUCCCGCUUCUUCCGUGACAGAGAUACUGCAAAGACUGGCAACAACAGAGACUGGCGCUCAUCCAAGCAACAACAAGAGGACGACGAUGCUUUCACUAUCGAACCCAGAUCUACACCGCGCCAGCCGCGCGAAGGCAACGGCAAUGGUUUCGGUCAGCGCUUUGACCAACGCUGGGCUCGCGACAACGUCGACCGUGAUCGUAACGGUGACCGCGAGCGCGAACGUGAGCGUGAACGUGAGCGAGAAAGACCCAGCCAGCGCGGUGGCUGGAGAGACAAGGCACGCAACGAACGCCAGCAAGAUGCUCCCGAGAAGGAGCCCGAAUGGAUGGACGAGCCAUUGGAGAAGGAGAACAAGAACCAGAUGCAUACACAGGAAGACUUUGAACACUGGAAGGAACGCAUGAGGGCUGCUGCUAACGGCGGAAAUGCUCCCGAGACCAAGCAAGACACCUUUGCCGAUGAGGUCGCCACUCCUGUCAAGUCGACACCAGCACAUUCGAAACCACAAACUCCGCUGGUGACAGACGCACCCGGUUUCGACAAGAGCAUUUUCGGAUCGUGGGGAGAGAGCAAGAGACUCGAGAGUCCCGUUGAUACUCGCGCAACCAAGGCGCCAACCGCAGCCAAGGGAAAGUCUUCUCGCUUCGCGUCCAUGUUUGUCGCCAAAGAGGAGCCUCGGCCUGUUGUUGAAGAGGCUGACAGCCCUGCCACACUCGAUUCAAGCGAAGACAAGCAAGGCUUCCUCAGGAUCAUGGCUGGUCUUCGUAGAGGACCGUCCUACUCCAACGGUGGUGUUGACUCACCUGUCAGAGAGCAAGAAGGAAGAGGUCCCCCUGCUGGUCCCCCGCCCGGCUUUGGCCUUCAACCAUCUCAGGAUCCUCUGGCCGCAAUGUUUGACAAGGCUCCUACAUCUACCCAGUCUCCUCGACCUCUGUCUGGCUUUGCUUCCGACUCUUUUCUGCCACCUCCACCUUCUCAGUUCAGCCGGCCCACUAGUAAUGUCGCUUCCCCUGAUCCUGUGUCGAUGAGAACAAACAACUCUGUUUCACACCUCCCUCAGCAAAUGCAGAACAUCUUCCUCGACCAAGCCCCUCGCAACGGUCCGACACCCGAGAACUUCAACCAACAGCACUCACGCAAGCCAAACUCGCUGAACAAGGAUUCCGAGUUUUUGCUGAACCUGAUUCAAGCCAAGAACGCCAACAGAGCUGCUCCUCCACCUCGUAACCAACACGAGCCCGAGCCCUUCCAGCUCUUCCUCGACCAGCCACCAAAGUCUCAACCCCAGACCGUCGCUCCCAAGCCACAAGCUCCCCGCCCUACUGAGUCAAUCGAGGAGCAGCUAUUCCGUGGCAACCAGCACAUGGACCAAGGCCGUCCUCGUGCUCCUCCUGGCUUCGUCGAAGACCCUUCUAUUGUCUUGCAGCAAGCUCAGCGCAGCUAUCCCAACGGACCUCUCCAGCCACGUCGUCAGAGCGCUGCUCAGCAGAUGCCGAACGCUGGUCCCGGUGCUCCUCAAGACUUCCCUCCCAACUUCCCAUAUAUGGCAGGUGGCCCUCCACCACCUGGUCCUGGCGACCGCAUGCCUCCUGGCUUCAACCCUAACAUGCGCCAUCCUCCUGGAUUUGCCAACAUGCCCAACAUCUUCCAGCAGCCUAAUUCGCAGCCUCCUCCGCAGCAAGGCGCAGGUAUGCAAGGCCCUCCUCCUGGCUUCCCAUCGGGUAUGGGCCCGCCACCUCCUGGGUUUGGAGCCCACGGUCCACCCCGUCCUGGCUUCUUCAACAACCCUAACCACAUCCCUGGCGUUCCUCCCGGUUUCGCUCCACCAGGCAUGGUGAUGAUGCCCGGUUCGAAUGUGAGAAGCCCUGACGGCACACCUGGCAUGAGAAGUCCUCAAGAAGGACCUGGUAUGGGCAUGCCUAUGCUCCAAGGCAUGGGUGCUGCUUACGGUGGUAGACGUUAG